AUGACUUGCCCGUCGGAAACCGGACGCCUUCAACAACUUCGACUCGGCAGGAAAGUGGGCUGGUGGCGCGUGUGGCGACCGCGGAUCUGGGCGCUCUUCGAGGAUCCCUACUCGUCCAAAUACGCGCGGUAUGUGGCAUGCGGAUCCCUUCUGUUCAUCCUCAUCUCCAUUUCCACCUUCUGCAUGGAGACGCACGAAGCGUUCAACACCAUCUACAACAAAACGGAGAACGUGACGGAGGGGAACGUGACGAGAGAGGAGAUUGUGUACGAGGUGGUGACGGACAGAUGGCUGAUGUACGUGGAGGGAAUGUGCGUGAUCUGGUUCACCAUCGAGGUGUUCACGCGCAUCGUCUUCUGCCCCGACAAGGCCGAGUUCUUCAAGAGCAUGCUGAACAUCAUCGACUUUGUGGCAAUCCUGCCUUUCUACCUAGAGGUCAGUCUGAGCGGACUCUCCUCCAAAGCGGCGAAAGACGUGCUGGGCUUCCUGCGAGUGGUGCGCUUUGUCCGAAUCCUGCGCAUCUUCAAGCUGACGCGCCACUUCGUGGGCUUGCGCGUUCUGGGGCACACGCUUCGCGCAAGUACCAACGAAUUCCUCCUGCUCAUCAUCUUCCUCGCUCUCGGCGUCCUCAUCUUCGCCACCAUGAUCUACUACGCCGAGAGGAUAGGAGCCAGUCCGGACGACCCUACGGCGAGCAAGCACACCACCUUCAAGAACAUCCCCAUUGGUUUCUGGUGGGCCGUGGUGACCAUGACCACUUUAGGCUAUGGAGAUAUGUAUCCGGAGACGUGGUCGGGCAUGCUGGUGGGGGCGCUGUGUGCCCUCGCGGGGGUGCUGACUAUUGCCAUGCCCGUCCCCGUCAUUGUGAACAACUUCGGCAUGUAUUACUCUCUGGCCAUGGCCAAGCAGAAGCUGCCCAAAAAGAAGAACAAACACAUCCCGCGAGCCCCGCAACCCGGCUCGCCCAAUUACUGCAAGCCGGAUGCCCUCGCCAUGGCAACGGCCUCGCCCCAGAGGAUCCUGGGUAACGUGCUGGGCGGCGUGCUGGGCUCGAGCGGGAUGACGAGGGACUGUCCUCUAGCUCAGGAGGAGAUCAUAGAGAUUAACAGAGACUCAAAGCAGAACGGUGACGCAGCCAGCGCCGCUCUAGCAAACGAGGACUGUCCAACAAUUGAUCAGGUUCUUAGUCCGGACGAGCGCAGCCCGGUGGGCCGAACACAAGAACGCUACCAGCAGGACAGAGCCUGCUUCCUCCUCAACACGCGCGAGUUUCGACCCACUGAUGGGAAUGUGCGGAAAGCCACGGGUUAUGAGAAAUCUCGCAGCCUGAACAACAUAUCAGGAAUGGCGGGGUCUUCCCUGCGUUUGACCCCCAUCACCAGCACGCCCUAUGACCCUUACGAGGCCCCAGGACCCCUCCGUCGCUGCCGCUCACCCAUUCCCUCCAUUUUGUAGCAGAAGAGCGGAAAGAGUGACAGAACGACUCAGGAAAGGAGGAGAGAAAGGCAGGACAGCCUCACACUCACAUUCAUAGCAAUAACAAUGACUGACCGCGCCAGUAGAUACACGUCACUAAACGGAGCUGUUUGUCAAUGACCACGGGUCAUGUUAGUUACGAACUGAACUUGGCAGGUUAACCAGGUCAACAACUGUACGUAUGUUUAGGAACGGAAGGAAGUGCUUUGUUUUUUCCCCAUGCUUUCUGGGUCAGACAUGUUAAACGUAUGAUUUUGAUGCUCAAGGCAGAUAUAUUAAUGCAUUUUGAUUUCGAAUACACUCGUUUUGUGUUCCAUUUCCCUCAAACUCUGAAUUAAGAUGAAUAUAACUGAAUAUUACUGUGAAUACAUGCAAUUCUGGACUGUAGAAAACUCCAGAAUUUUCAAUGCAAGAAUAAUGUACAUAUGCAAUCAUUACUCUGCAAAUAGGGGUUAAAAAUGAAAUGUAUCACACAUACGUGUUUGUAUUUGUCUUUGAACUGAAAUCA